AUGGGCUGCAAUCAAUCUAAGGUUAAUGCUGAUAUCAUUGAAUCGGUUACGACUUCUCCGUCCGAGUAUGGGAAAGCGUCAUCAGAUCUUGCCUCUACUGAAAUUAUGGACGGCAAUGAGAAGACAAGCACCAGCAUCCCACCUGCACCGGUGGAAAAUCUCAAUGGAGAAAAAGAGGCUGAUGCCAUUACUGACGAGGAACCGAUGGAGCACUCAAUCGCUCAAAGUGAUGCGAUUGAGGAAUCCGUCGUAAUUGGUGGCGAUAAUGAGCCCUUCGCUGCUGAUGAGGUAUACGUUGCUGCUGAUGAGGUAUCCGUUGCUGCUGAUGAGGUAUCCGUUGCUGCUGAUGAGGUACCCGUUGCUGCUGAUGAGGUAUCCGUCGCUGCUGAUGGGCCUAUCGCAGAUCAAGCGCCCGUUGAUGCUUGCGAAUGUGUUACACUGGAAGUCGACGAAGCACAAGUAGAAUCAGCACCGAUUGUCGAGGUAAACGAAGAACUUGUAGUUGAACCCGAGGUGGAGGUCGAAGAAGUACAUUAUCCAGUAGUCGUAAAAAAGUCUGCUUUAACGAGCGUGGAAGCACCUGUCUGGACAUUUGUUGCUCACAAGGUUUCGUUCAUUGUUGGUGUGGCUUUUUUCAACAUUACCGGCUGCAAUAGUGACGGAGAUGAAGUACAAUUGACCAAGCGAUACUCCGAGUUUAAGGUACUAUAUGACGACAUAAUCAAACUCAUGAGUAGUGAAGACCUGCCUUGUAUGCCCCGAACGUCUUUCCUUCAGAGCCGGAACGAUAAGGCAUUGUUGCAGGAGCGUGAAAAUACUUUCGUCGAGAUGCUCAACGCCAUGGCGCGACACCCAGACGCAUCUCAGAGUGCCUCAUUUCAGGCCUUUCUGGCGUAG